AUGAACAAUGUUUCAGAAAUUUCUCAUUUUGUUCUUUCAGGUUUAAAUGAGACAAGGAAUUACCAGUUAACUAUUUUUUUUCUCACCUUGGUAUGUUACAUUAUAAUCAUCUUUGCAAAUGUUUGUGUUGUUCUGACUAUAAUCUUGAAUAAUGAACUCCAUGAACCAAUGUAUAUUCUGCUCUGUGGUAUUUGCAUGAAUUCUCUUUAUGGAACAGCAGGUUUCUAUCCUAAAUUCCUGUCAGAUCUGCUCUCUCCUGUUCAUGUCAUCUCUUAUUCAGGCUGUCUUCUGCAGGCUCAGGUGUUGUAUUCCUUCGCCUGCAGUGAUCUGUCCAUCCUUGCACUCAUGGCAUAUGACCGUUAUCUGGCUAUAUGUCGACCACUGGAAUACCACUCUGUCAUGUCGAAGCAGAGAGUCAUCACUUUGGUGUGUCUUGCUUGGUCAAUACCUUUCUGCAUUAUGGCUGUAAACUCUAUCCUUACAUAUAGGCUGAAGUUAUGCAGCCCAUACAUUAACCGAAUCAUCUGUUUGAUCUGGAGCAUUGUUAUGCUUGCUUGUUUUCCAUCUGAAACGACUGUUAACAGCAUAGUUGCAUAUAUUACGAUAUUAAUUUACGUUGUUCACUUUUUGUUAAUUGUGUGGUCCUACAUGUUUCUCAUCAAAACUUGUGUCGUUUCUUUAGAAAACAGGAGAAAGUUCAUGCAAACCUGUGUGCCACAUUUGGUCUCGCUGUGCACUUUUUCUCUAACUCUUUUUUUUGAUGUUAUAUAUAUUCGAUUUGGCUCAAAAGAUUUACCUCAAACGAUUAAAAACUUUAUUUCUAUAGAAUUUCUCAUCAUUCCUCCCAUUAUUAAUCCACUUAUUUAUGGGUUUAAGUUGACUAAAAUACGAAAUAAAAUUUUAAGUGUGGCCACUAUAAAAAUAAAAUAA